AUGUAUACUCCUUUAACCCAAAUUCCCCCUCAUUAUCGUUUACAUCGUUAUCGAGACUUAAAACGUAAUUGGUCGAAAAAACCUAAUGUAUCGGAAGAACAAACUACCAUUAAUCAAUCAUCAACAAUAUCGACAAAACAUCAACGUUUUCAGCUCCCUUCUAUCGAACAUCGAAAAAAACGUUGUCUAUUUCAAGAAAGUAAAAAAUCAACGGAAACAAAAUCAUUUUUGCAAAAUGACACUUCUUCUCAUAAAUUGUCAACGGCUGCUGAGUAUUUAACAACGACAAAUGAACGAAAAAAUAGUAAAAAAUCGUCUAGAACAACAGUACUUAAUUCUUAUUUACAUGCAAAACAAAGUUAUGAACAGCCAGAACAGACAAAAAAUCAAAAUAUCAUUAGAAAACCCUAUUGUCUAAAUGAUUAUAUUAAUGAGGAUAGAGAUGAAAUUGAUUUAGAUCCAUUACAUGUUCGUAUUCAACAAGAUUUAAUGAAAUUAAGAAAAUUAAUUAAAGCUCGACAACGACGAGCAGAACGAGAACGAGAGAAAAAUUUACAAGCAAAAUUAAAAUUAUUAAAUGCAACUAAAUUUGCUAAUCAAAAAUCAAACAAACAUUUGAAUAUUGAACAAAUUCUUCGUAAACUUCAAGAAGAAUAUGAUGCUGUGCCACAAACAGAAACAAAUGAAGAGACUGGAGGCAACGUACAAAAUGUUGGUGAUUUUGAUUGUCAAUCAAAAUCAAAAGCAACCACAACUACAUCGUCAGACAUCGCUGCUACUAAUGAAACGGCGGAUUUUACAAAAAUGAAACAUUUUCUUUCACAACAAUUAUCAAAUGAGGAACGUCAACAACAGCCGAAACAAGCAAGACAUACAACAUCUUCAUCUGAAUCUCAUAUAUUACCAUCAACAGAAAGUGGAAUUGGUUCAAGUAUAUCCAGUCAAUGUUCACAAUAUAAUAAUAAUAAUAAAACAAUUUUAUCAACGGUACACCAAAAAGAACAUCAAACAUUAUCGGGUAUAAAAGUCGGAGAUUUAAUUACACAUAAAAAUAAAAAUAAACAGAGUACGAUUAAACAGGCAAAGUCACAACAGACACGUUCAAUUUUUAAUAUUCAAAAUUCAAGAUUAAAUAGUCAGGAUAAUGUUCAAACAUUGCCAUCAACACAACAACGAAGAGCGUAUAUUUGUAGCGUUACGCCAGAAGAAGACGAAGAUCAAAGUGAAAAUAGUGAUGUGGAUGAAGAAAAUGAAAAUAAUAUAGAUGAAUUUUAUCGUUUAAAUCGUUAUACACUUCAUCGUAUAUCAGAAAAAAGGCAUGAAAAACCCACUUCAACUGUUAUUCAAUAUUCACCGCAUGAUAUUAAUCGAAUACAUAGGGAAAAAGAUCUUCAAAACUAUCAUCAUCAACAAGAACAACAACAACAAAAUUCCAUUGAUGAGAUUCACCCUAAAUUACAACGAUUAAAAGUAAAAUUAAAAUUACCUCAACCACUUCUACAAUCAAAACGAAUUGAAAAACAAAAGCCUGGUUAUAAAACUCUUCCUACAUCAUCAAAAAACGAUAAUGAAUUUGAUUAUAAUGAUGGUGAUGAUGAUGAUGAUUACUCAACAGUAGACGGUUGUCUAGUUCGUUAUACGUACGCUGGAUCAAGUAGUAAAAAUCAAGUUAAAAAUACUCUUAUUGAUAAUAAAACUUCAACUCUUCUUCAUAUUCUAUUUACACCUGGUACAUGUAUUCAAGAAGAUGUCAAAGAUGGCGUUGAAUGUUUAGUCAAUUAUAAACAAUUAAUUGAAAAUUUACCAAGACCGUUAAUUGAUAUAGACAAUGAUGAUAAACAUUUAUUUGAUCGAUUACAACGUAUCCGAGAUACAAUGCCAGAUACAAAUGUUUAUGACUCUUAUAAAAGAUAUUCUAAUCAUUCAUAA